CAAGGUCAAUGUGGCAGCGCCAGGGCCCGGGGACAAGGGAGAGGUUCGCCAUACCCAGUGGCCCUUGCCUGAGGCCAGGAGAGGUUGCUGGCACGGUGGGUUUUGUAGGUGGGAUUUCAGACUGUGGUUUGGCGAUUUUGCCAGGCUCCGGCCCGCUGCUGGCCUGAGCGGUGUCCUGCCAGCGCUGGGUGACACAUCGUGGCACUGAGCAGAGCGGGGGGCUUGGUGGGGGCUGGGGCCUGGUGCGUGGUCCCCUGAGCUGGCUCCUCAGCCCCGAGCGGCCCUCUUCACCCCACCCCAAGCCCGUACUCCUGCAAUGUCUAUAUUUAAAAAUGUUUACAGAUAAUAACGGUGUUCAGCCCCAAAAGGCAGACAGGAGCUUGCUGACAAUUGCAGUGUCGUGCCGGGCUGGGGGUUGGAGGUUCUUUGGGAGCUGAGCUCGUCCUGAGUGCUGCGGGGGCUCUCUGCCAAGCCCUACCUCCAGGAGAGGUUUAGGGGGACAGGAUCCAGGAGCCCGAAGGGAGACGGAGUUUCCUGGGAGGAUGAGGACUGUAGUUCAGCCCCGUUCUUUGACCAUAAGAUGAGAUGGACCAAGCCCCCCCAGCGCGCUCCGAAUAUCUGGUCUCAGGGAUCCGCACUCCCCCGGUGAGGAGGAGCAGCAAGCUGGCCACCCUGGGCAGGAUCUUCAAACCCUGGAAAUGGAGGAAGAAGAAAAACGAAAAACUGAAGCAGACGACGUCCGCGCUGGAGAAGAAGAUGACCGGCAGGCAAGGUCGGGAGGAGCUCAUCAAGAAGGGUCUGCUGGAGAUGAUGGAGCGGGAUGCUGAAAGCAAAGCCUGCACCCCUGAUGGAGGGCCCCGAGCCACGCAGAGUGAGCCGUCCACCCCCAAGCAGGAGACGCUGACUUCAGAAGAAGCCCCACCAGGAAGCCCUUUGGCCACUGGGACAGACCAGUCUUCCCUGGAUGAGCCGCUGUCCUUGGACUCCCGUUCUGACGAUGCAGCCAAGAUGCCGUCAGCGUCCAGAGGUGAAGAAGCAGACGCCGCCGCCGGCAGCCUCCCGCCUACCACGGACGAACCCUCUCAAGCCUUAGCUGGGUCCGACUCCCCGGACAGUCCUCCCAGACCCCUGGAGAGGUCCGUGGGCCAGCUCCCCAGCCCCCCGCUCCUGCCCACCCCGCCGCCCAAGGCAGGCUCCAAAACCACGAAAAAUGUCACAGGCCAGCCUGUGCUCUUCCAAGGCCCUGGUGGGAAGAGCACGGACCCUCCCCUCCGAGGACAGCUCUCCACGCCCACGGGGUCUCCACAUCUCACCACUGUCCACCGGCCGCUGCCCCCCAGCCGUGUCAUUGAGGAGCUGCAUAGGGCGCUGGCCACCAAGCAUCGCCAGGACAGUUUUCAAGGAAGGGACAAUAAAGCGUCCCCGAAGAAGCGCGUGGACGUGCGCCUGUCCAGGACAUGCAGCGUGGAGCGGGGCAAGGACAGGGAGGAGGCUUGGAGCUUCGACGGGGUCUCGGACAGCAAGCGGACCGCGGCCAAAGGGUCUGAGGAGGACAAGGAGAACCUGAUUGUGAACUCGGAGCUCAAGGACGACCUGCUGGUGUAUCAGGACGAGGAGGCGCUGAACGACUCCAUCAUCUCUGGAACGCUGCCAAGGAAAUGCAAGAAGGAGCUCCUGGCAGUGAAGCUGAGGAAUCGGCCCAGCAAGCAGGAAUUGGAAGACAGGAAUAUUUUCCCCAGGAGGACUGAUGAAGAGAGACAGGAAAUCCGGCAGCAGAUUGAGAUGAAACUCUCCAAACGGCUGAGCCAGAGACCCGCCGUGGAGGAGCUGGAGAGGAGAAACAUCCUGAAACAAAGGAAUGACCAGACAGAGCAGGAAGAAAGAAGAGAAAUCAAGCAAAGGUUGACAAGAAAGCUUAACCAGAGACCCACGGUUGAUGAGCUGCGAGACAGGAAGAUUCUGAUCCGAUUCAGCGAUUACGUGGAAGUGGCCAAAGCUCAGGAUUAUGACAGACGGGCGGACAAACCCUGGACGCGACUGUCCGCGGCAGACAAGGCAGCGAUUCGUAAGGAACUAAACGAAUACAAAAGUAACGAAAUGGAGGUACACGCAUCAAGCAAGCAUUUGACAAGAUUCCACAGGCCAUAGAGAUUUUCUUCUGAGAAGAAUUUGUGUUUAAUUUUUGAUACCAACACUGAACACUCAUCAGGGAACUUUCUGAUGUUCAGCUGAAGACUCCCUGCCGUGUGAGCGAGAGGAGCGGGACCCCUCGGGCAGGUGACGUCUGGGCUGUCUCACCUGUACGAGGACACACCAGAGGACGCCCCGCACUCCCUGGUGUCUGAGGAGUGGGAACUGUGGGGGCCCCGCGGGGACCCAGAGUCGCUCUCCCAGAAAACUGUCAUUUGCCUUUGAAGCUAGUCUUACAGUGGCGCAGCGACACGGAGGACGGGCGACACGCAUGCGCAGGCACACCUCCGGGCCUCUGACGUGCGACACGUGGCGCAGUGGCAUUCAGUAUUAUGUUGAAAAGACAUUUUUAUUCUGAUCACCGUUCAUUUGAGAACUCUCUAAGUUCAUGUUAUACAAGAUUAUUUACUGUAUUAUACUUUUCUUUUUUUUAUAUAAUGUCUAACAAAAAAAAUACAGCUGCAACAUUUUGAUUCCUGUUAAUUUUGUUCUUUAAUUAAAUGACUACUUAUUGCAGGAAAUGAA